GGCGGGGCCUAAGGCAGCGCCUCAGCCCCGACGCGGGCCGCGAAAGCCCCCUCAGCCCUCAUAGCUACACUCCGGCGUCGGCGACGACCGCGUUUCAGGACGUCAACAAACGGCCGCUAGGGGCAACGGAGGCGAUGAAGCGCUUAUCCCUUAAAGGUAACACAUUGGGUAACAAUCAAGGAUGACCUGGGUCUCUGGAAGAAAGGACACUGAACUCCAGUUGGAGAAUUCUGGAGAAUGAAAUCGGCAAUGAUGUGGACAACCACUACAAAAUAAAGUACAGCUGAAGGGCCGUGACCUCCUCACGCUGAAGAACUUUACAGGAGAAGAAAUUAAGUAUAUGCUAUGGCUAUCAGCAGAUCUGAAAUUUAGGAUUAAACAGAAAGGAGAGUAUUUGCCUUUAUUGCAAGGGAAGUCCCUAGGCAUGAUUUUUGAAAAAAGAAGUACUCGAACACGAUUGUCCACAGAAACAGGAUUUGCACUUCUGGGAGGACACCCUUGUUUUCUGACCACACAAGAUAUUCAUUUGGGAGUGAAUGAAAGUCUCACAGACACAGCCCGUGUGUUGUCUAGCAUGACAGAUGCAGUGUUGGCUCGAGUGUACAAACAAUCAGAUCUGGACGUCUUGGCUAAAGAAGCAUCCAUUCCAAUCAUCAACGGGCUGUCAGAUUUGUAUCAUCCUAUUCAGAUCCUGGCUGAUUACCUCACGCUCCAGGAACAUUAUGGUUCUCUGAAAGGCCUUACCCUCAGCUGGAUUGGGGAUGGGAACAACAUCCUGCACUCCAUCAUGAUGAGUGCAGCAAAAGUCGGAAUGCACCUUCAGGUGGCUACUCCAAAGGGUUAUGAGCCGGAUCCCAAUAUAACCAAGCUGGCAGAGCAGUAUGCCAAGGAGAACAAUACCCAGCUGUCGCUGACGAAUGAUCCACUGGAAGCGGCUCGUGGAGGCAAUGUGUUAAUUACAGACACUUGGAUAAGCAUGGGACAAGAAGAGGAGAAGAAAAAGCGGCUCCAGGCUUUCCAAGGUUACCAGGUUACGAUGAAGACUGCUAAACUUGCUGCCUCUGACUGGACAUUUUUACACUGCUUGCCCAGAAAGCCGGAAGAAGUGGACGAUGAAGUAUUUUAUUCUCCACGGUCACUAGUAUUCCCAGAGGCUGAAAACAGAAAGUGGACAAUCAUGGCUAUCAUGGUGUCCCUGCUGACAGAUUACUCACCUCAGCUCCAGAAGCCAAAGUUUUGAUGCUGCGAUGCUUGUCGAGAAGCGAUGUUCUUCAGUAACAGAAUGAGUCAGUUUGUUGGGGAAGGAGAAGAAAAUCUAAGAAAUGAACACAUCCUAAUACAUGGUAUAGGUGAACAAUAUGAUAUUACUUUGCCAUCGUGAAACCUUCCUGAAGCCCUUAAUUUAAGUGCUGAUGCACUGUAAUUCAUGGCUUGACUUGGUUUAAACUCUCUAAUUCAUAAUUCUGAGUUACAUUUGGGUAUCAUAUUAAUAAUCAUAUACAUUUGCUUCAACUAAACAUAAAAUACUGUGUUCAUAAUGCAUAAUGUCUAAGCCAUUAAAUGUAAUCUAUGCUUAUUACCUUAAUAAAUUAUCACCCAUGCUAAUUUAUAAGUAAACAUUUACCAGGCAGUCAGCUGCUGGUAGAUCUGCGGGCUGUGUUCAUAUCCCCCAGGACCAACAAGGAAGCCAAAUGAUCCAUCUUGCUGAUGUAGUACAAUUUUCAGGCAAAUGAGGUAGACAGACAUUCACCUAUGGAGGCAAGUGAUGAAAUUCUUAGACAAUAGCUCUAACUGCGCCCAAACUCUAGAGUUUUUCCAGUCACUUGUGGGAAGAAGGGUCCUUCAAAAGCACACAUCUCUUCUCUGUGAUGAAUACUUAAUGUUACAAGCCUAAAGAAGUCUUUGUGAGCAAAUGGUAAAACCACAGACACCUGGCUAGGAAUGUAAGCUCCAUUAGAGAGUGACAUUUUCAUAGGUUCAAAUACCCCAGCAGGAGCAAUUUCCUUUUUCCAUGUUUGUACUUAUCAUGCAUCUACUUAUACUGCACACUGGAUAUUUCCAUAAAUCCACUACUUGACACAUUUUAGCCCAUUUUUUCCUCCAAUUUUUCUUCAGAAUAAUAAAAAUUUGCGUUAUUGGAUUAUUAUCAUGUAAAUGAAAGCUAGAUGUCUCUCGUGGGUGACCAAAAUUUGUAUUGUUGAAUUAUUAUGGUAUAAUUUGAAAUUUUUUGGUUAAAAUGUUAAAUCCCAUAAGUGGAGUUUUAAAAAAAAGAAUGUAUUUUACAGAGGACAAAAUAGGGAAUUACCUUUAAUUCCACCACUACUGUUAGAAGAAUGCUUCCGGGCCGGUUGACAUAUUCUUCAGCAGAUAGCUAUGACUUGAAUGGUGAGUAAGAGAUGAAUUACAAGUUAGAUUUGCAAUGAAGAUGCAAUAAAACAUAUUUUGUAGGGAAAAAGAGUUUCAGAGUGUUACAGGAAAAUAAUUUUUCUAGUAAAUAUCAAAGGUGACUUUCAUGUCUAUGGUAAUUUUGGGGGAGCACUUAAGAAAGAAAGAGUGGAGUUUAGUGGAUUAUCUUUCUUCUUUCAUCAGAGAGUAUAGGAACAAUUCAACCAGAGGUGCCAUGUGGAUUGUGGAGGCUGUCCCUCAGACUGCCUACACACAAAGGACGUGAUCCUGAGGAUCCUCCGACUUUCUAAAUGGUCCCCCAUGGCAAUGAGCUCUCAUUUCUUUACUGGUUAUUUUUUGAACCAACCGGAAGGUAUAAUCUUCUUCCCUCAAUCAGAAAGAUCGUGUAAUCAUUUUCUUGCCAAAAUGUAGUCACCUUACCUCAAAAAGGCCCAAAGCUUUCUUUUUUAUGUACACACCAUUUAAUGUCCUUCUCAACCCAAACCUGUAGGAAUUUAUUUGCUUUCUUAGCAUUUCAUCUUAAGAAGACAUUAUUUAUAUUAUCAGGAAUAAAGAAAACAGGGAAGGAAAAUUUAGCCCUAAUUUUUCCAAAGCUAUUUCUAUCUUUUCCUGGUUUUUUUUUAGCCCCCCCCCCCCCCCUUCCCUUUCCAAUGUAAUUAUUGCAACGACAAAGAUUAACAAGAGCUUCAACUAUGACCCUUGGGUCUCUGGUGUACAUAACAGACCCUAUCCACUUAAUUAAUAUAACUAGCCAAAGAGUUCCUUUCUUCCAGGCUUUCUCCACUAUAACAUUGGAAGUAAACACAUUAACUGAUUACACUGCAAUGAUUUCAAUGUCGGGGAAGAAUCAUCAGUUGUUGGGUUUUUUUUUUUCCAGUGAUAAGUUUCCAGGAAUUUUAGAAACAGAAUUCAAUGUCAGAUGUUUCUAACGGAUGUUGUGCUAAUGGGUUGACUAUUGUAAAAUCCCCAGGCAGAAAGAUUUGCACAGAUUAGCAUAGUAAUGCCACCUUAGACCUCCUACACAAGCAAGUGAUCCUAGAACCUCAGUUAAAAUGGCAGGGGCCCCUUGGUUCAGUGCCAAAGUUCCAAGGCAAGUCUUCUCAUGUGAUAAGAAUGAAAGAAGAAUACAGACAGAGAGGCUAUCCAGAAUACAUCCUUUUGGGCCUCUUUGUCUUGGAAGCACUCAUCAAUGUCUAGAUUAUGGAGAUGGUUGAGGCACAUCUUGAGACAUGGCACCCCUCAUCAAUUUUGUAGGAUUGAUGUCUUUUGACAAACAUGAGAGGUCAUAUCAAAGAAUGGAAAACCAGUCAAGUCACGAUGAUCAGACUCCUACAACCAGGGCCACCAUAUACUGACAUGCAAGUUGUGCUCUCUGCAAAGGUCUCAGGUGAAAGGUGUGAGUGAGGGUUGAAACCUGCUGCACUUCACUAA